AUGGAGAAACCUGCAGAUGAAAGCAAGGGCUUGAGUCAUAAAGCAACCAUUGAGACUGGGAAGAGGAACGGUCUUAUCAACACGAAAGACCUGGCGAUAGAUGGCAAGGAUGGGUUGGGAUCUCUUUACUCAGCUCCUCAAUACAAGGGACACGUACUGGGGAGUUUCCCACCUCACAACUACAUUGAGCGGAGCAGGAAUGACUCUGGCCAGCAACAGGUCCUCAACCCCAGUACCUUACAGCACACCGUCGAGGCCCAGUACCGACCCAAUAUCAUUUUGUACUCUGAGAGCAUGCUGAGACCCUGGAGCGAGAGCAAUAGUUCAGAUUGCUGCGAAACAACUUUCAUUGAAAGCAGAUCCCCCACAAAGGAUGGGCUGGAUUUUGGAGACAGCCAAUUCAUUGACCUGUCAGCUGACGACAAAGUCCAAACCCUGUCUUAUGAUGUGGAGGAUGAGGAUGACUUCCAAGAGCUGGAGAGUGAUUACUCGAGUGAGACGGAAAGUGAGGACAAUUUUCUGAUGAUACCACCCAGGGACCAUUUGGGCCUCAGUGUUUUCUCCAUGCUCUGCUGCUUCUGGCCUUUGGGAAUUGCUGCCUUCUACCAUUCACACGAAACCAACAAGGGUGUGGCAAAGGGAGACUACCACCAUGCCAGCUCAAGCUCACGACGGGCUCUGUUCUUGGCCGUGCUCUCAAUCACCAUCGGAACUGGCAUUUACGUGGGUGUUGCCGUGGCACUGAUAGCCUACCUGUCCAAGAACAACCAUUUGUAG